GAAAUCGCGUAGAAGAGAAACAGACACAAAAAUUUCUCCAACAUGACCUUCACCAAAGAGAUUAUGGGUAAAUCUAUGGUGGAAUCAUUUCGUUUUGAUGCUUCCAAAGGGCCAUUUCACUUCAAAAGCUGCAGCAAGCAGCAAAGAAUUUCCUUGUCUCCCACUUUUUAUUGCUCAGUUCAAACAACAAAGGAACGCAAGAAGAAGGUGACGCAGCAAACUGUCUCACCACUCUCAACUUCUACUAAGGGUUCUGAGUCCAGGAGAGACCUCGGUGCUUGGAAGCUGGAGUCGGAGACGGCAACGGUGACAGUAACUGCCACGGUAACUAUCAAGAAUAGUAAAAAUGUAGAGAAUGGGAUGAUGUCCAUGAUGUUUCAGCAUUUUGAAGCUUUCAGCAAAAACAUGUCUGAGAAGGGCAUGAUUAUGCAGUUAGUGAGUACUGAAAUAACAGACCCAAGAACAAUGGAGCCAAAGGUGAGCAAAAACGCCGUACUGAAGUGGAUGGAGGACGUGAAGGUGGGGGCUCCCAGGACCACUUAUAAAGUAGAAUUUGAGGUUGAUUCAGAUUUUGGGUUACCAGGAGCAAUCACUGUGGUAAACAAAUAUGAAAAGGAAUUCUUUUUGGAAAACAUUGUGAUUGAAGGCAUUCUUCAUUUUCCCUGCAAUUCUUGGGUUCAACCUGAGAAGCUUCAUCCAGAGAAGAGAAUUUUCUUCACUAACAGGGCUCAUUUACCUUGGGAGACUCCGGGUGGUCUAAGAAAGCUAAGAAAACAAGAGCUAAGGCAAACAAGAGGAGAUGGAAAAGGCAUGAGAAAGCAUGGUGAUAGGAUUUAUGACUAUGAUUUGUACAAUGAUUUGGGGAAUCCAGACAAAACAAGAGUAGGCUCAAGGCCUAUAUUUGGUGGCCAUCAUCAAUUCCCUUAUCCUAGGCGGUGUCGAACUGGUCGUAAUCCAUGUGUUUAUGACCAGAAAGCCGAGACACCCGUAAAUGCAUUCAAUGAAACGUAUGUGCCGAGAGAUGAAGUAUUUGAUGGGAUUAGAAUGGAAGCUCUCGAUGUGGAAAGGACAAAAGGAAUAACUCGCAAUCUUCUUCCUUUCUUCAAAACUUGUGUCACGAAAUGUGGAGAUUUCAAACAAAUUUCAGAUGUUACAAACAUUUACAAUGGAAAGACUUGGCAUGAAUUGAAGUGUGAAGGUGUGAGCAAUAAGAUCCAAGAUUGUUUGGAUGACUACUUCAAAUUUAAUACUCCAAACAUAAUCAGAGGAAACAACAGUGGCUUUUGCAUAAGAGAUGAGGAACUUGGCCGUCAGACAUUGGCUGGAAUCAACCCUUUGAGCAUAAAAAGGCUUAAAACCUUUCCUCCAAAGAGCGAUUUGGAUCCAUCUAUAUAUGGUCCUCAAGAGUCUGCUCUCAAAGACGAACACAUUUUGCCCCAACUCCAUGGAAUGUCAGUAAAAGAGGCAUUAGAAGAGAAAAAGUUAUUCAUAUUGGAUUAUCAUGAUGCUUAUAUUCCAUUUCUCAAAGGCAUAAAUGCUCAAGAAGAUCGGCAGGCUUAUGCCACCCGAACCAUAUUCUUCUUGACCAGACUAGGAACUUUGAAGCCCAUAGCAAUUGAGCUUAGUCUUCCGCACGGAUAUCCAAAUCGUGCGUCCAAACAUGUCCUGACCCCUCCUGAGGAUUCCAACUCUUAUUGGUUAUGGCAACUUGGCAAAGCACACGUUUGCUCUAACGAUUCUGGUGUCCACCAACUUGUCCAACACUGGUUGAGGACACAUGCAUGUAUGGAACCGUUUAUUAUAGCAGCUCAUAGGCAACUGAGUGCGAUGCACCCAAUUUUCAAACUUCUAAAGCCUCAUAUGAAAGGCACCUUGCAAAUAAAUGCCUUAGCUCGUGAAGCUCUCAUAAGUGCUGGAGGCAUAAUUGAAUCUGACUUCUCUUGUGGUAAAUAUUGUAAUCACAUUGUUUCUGCUGCUUACAAAGAUUGGUGGCGAUUUGACAUGGAAGCCCUUCCUAGAGAUCUUAUCAGAAGAGGAUUGGCUGAACCUGAUCACACCAAACCCUAUGGACUGAAACUGCUCGUUGAAGACUAUCCUUAUGCAAAUGAUGGCCUUCCCAUUUGGCUUGCAAUAGAGAAUUGGGUUAGGACCUAUGUGACCUACUAUUAUCGUGAUGGGCUCAUGGUUCAAUCAGAUAAUGAGCUUCAAGCUUGGUAUAGUGAGGUCAUAAAUUUGGGCCAUGUAGAUCACAAAAAUGCAAGUUGGUGGCCUAAACUCUCCACUCCCAGUGACCUCAUUUUUAUACUCACAACUCUGAUUUGGAUUGCAUCAGUUCAACAUUCUGCAGUGAACUUUGGGCAAUAUCCUUACGGAGGGUAUGUCCCUAUGCGUCCUCCAUUGAUGAAAAGGCUAUUACCCAAAGAAGAUGACCAAGAGUACAAAGAGUUCACGAAGGACCCAGAAGGGUACCUUUUGAGCUCAAUGCCUGACUUGUUUCAGACCACAAAGUUUUUGGCUGUGGUCAACAUUCUUUCACAACAUUCUCCAGAGGAAGAGUAUUUGGGAGAAAGGAAGGAUCUUUCAGAUUGGGCUAGCGACCCUGAAAUCAUAGAGGCAUUCUAUAGGUUCUCAAUGGAAUUAAAAAGAAUAGAAAAGGAGAUUGAGAAGAGAAAUAGAGACCCAAAUUUGAGAAAUAGAUGUGGGGCUGGAAUUCCACCAUAUGAGUUGCUCAUGGCUAGUUCUGGUCCCGGAGCCACUUGCAGAGGGGUGGCUAAUAGUAUUAGCAUAUAAACAUAUAAUAGUUUGAAUUUAGUCAGGCAAAUAUUUUUAUAUUCAUCCUCAAUUUGGUCAAUUAGAAU